AGUGGAGUCACAUGUGAGCACUUUGUAGCUCAGGCAGUCUCUCAAUUUGCAGCACCUGGUGUAGGGGAGAAAUGGGUUCAAGUGGAGAUUGUGGUGAGAGUAAUGGUAAUUCUGUGUGGGGUUGAUGUUUGGUCAGAGGCUAUAUAAGCUUAUUGCAAGAAGCAAAGGACAGGGAGGUAGUUGCUUUGCUGUAAGCUUUGCUUGUAACCUCUAAAACUAAAAUUAGUAUUCUUUUAAUGAAGAAUCAAAACAGUUGUCUUUUCUGGGCCACCAGAGGCAACAUUCCCUCUCAGCUCCUUGGGCCUUGGUUCUGUACAAUGCUGCUUAGCAGCAGCUAUAAACAUUGGCGUGUUAUCAGCAUUGUUUUUAUCCUAGAACUAAAACAUAGCAUUAUACUAGAUGGUCUGAAGAAAACAAUUCUGUCCCAGCUGAAACAAAAACAGAAGUGAAAGAAGGGAAGGAGUUAAGGAGCUGAAGAGUUUGCCACGUGUUCUUGCAUGGGGCAAUGUCCAGUUUAGCCCUGCUGGCAUUCCCAAGCUGGUCUCUGCAUGGCCCUCGAUGCAGCCAUCCCACCAGGACAAGGCUGAGCAGUGAGAUCUGGGACUCAGUGAGAGUUUGCCUCUGAUCCUGCUUGACAAAAGGGGAGGAGAGAAGGAAAAGGUAAAGACAAUCCCCGGCCUGGUGACUCAGCAUCUUUACACUUUGAACUGCAAACACAGCUUUUGCACCUUUCGUAUGCUCUGCGUUCCCAGCCAGAGCGCACCUCCACAUCUUAUUUCAGCCUGCCUUAAGUCACUCCAUGAGCACCGUGAGUGGAAAAAACAGCCCAGAGGGUGAAGAAAGAGCCGGGAGGAUGAAGAGUGAGAGCUGGGGGCAGAGCAAUGCCGCGGGAGAGGUCAGGAGGGGCCAGGUGAUCCUUGCUGCCUACCUGAUAGUAACCCUGGAGCUGACGUUGCUGUUCAUGCAGUUUGGAGUCAUGCCUUACUUGGCAAAGAACCUGGGUUUGGAUUCGGUGGGGUUUGGGUACCUCCAGACAACCUUUGGUGUCCUCCAGCUCGUGGGAGGUCCCAUUUUUGGAAGGUUUGCAGAUCAGUUUGGUAACAGAGCUGCCUUAACUCUCUCCUGUGCAUCGGCGAGUGCCUUCUUUCUGCUCCUGUCCAUCUCCACCAGCAUCCCCAUCCUCUUUCUCUCCAGGCUACCAUCAGUGUUCAUGCAUGGGCUGCCAGGUGCUCAGAAGGUCAUCACAGACCUGACGGCUCCUUCUGAACGUGCUGCUGCCUUGGGGAAGCUGGGUCUUUGCUUUGGAGUAGGAAUCAUCAUCGGCUCUGCCCUGGGAGGGGUCCUCUCCACCAAAUUUGGCAUUUUUGUUCCCAUGUAUUUUGGGCUGGUGGGAAGUCUCAUAAAUACCAUGAUAUCAAUAGUUUGGAUCCCCUCUCCAGCUAAGCCGAAGUCAGAACAUCAUAAGACAGAACAGAGUAGUGUAUUCAACAUCAGAGAAAUCCUACGCGUGAUGAAGUUUCCAGGAGUAAUGGAAAUCUUCUUAGUCAAGGUCAUUUCUGGAUUUCCCAUAGGUUUGUUCCUGAUUAUGUUUUCUAUCAUCUCGAUCGAGUUCUUUGGAUUGGAAGCAGUGGAGUCUGGAUACCUGAUGUCAUAUUUUGGUAUCCUUCAGAUGGUUGUCCAAGGCCUGGUGAUUGAAAAGCUCACAAGCCGUUGCACAGAGCAGACCCUGCUCAGGCUUAGCAUCCUCGUCUUUGCCGGCGUGGGGCUGGGCAUGGCCCUAAUGAGGACCGUAUGGCAUUACUGCAUCAUCGUGGUGCCGCUGGUGUUUGCCUUCAACAUGCAGGGCACCAUCACGGACAGCAUCCUCACCAAGGCCGUGCCUUCCUCUGACACGGGGGCCAUGCUGGGGAUCUGUGCCUCUGUCCAGCCCUUGACGAGGACAGUGGGGCCAACCCUCGGUGUCAUUCUGUACAAGCAGUUUGGAGUCUCCUCCUUUGGCUACUUGCAGCUCAUUGUCAAUGUCGGUUUGUUUGUUUAUCUCUUAAAGAGCAAAAGCCCACUGAGAGAGACAAAAAGCCACUAAUUCACGAAAGCUGCCUCUUCUCUUUUUUCCACAGAAAUAAAGAAAGGAACGUUGUUGUAUGUUCUCUGGCAUUCUUGUGCUGGAGGCACAAUCCCACACUGAGCCCCUUCUGCUCUCACUGCAAGCUGCUCAUAACUAAAUACCUUGCAGCUGCCUCCAGUUUCAUGCAAGAACUAACUGAUAGUGGCAGCAGGAAAGUUACCCAAAGGGAGUUACCAAGUUUGAAGCAUUUGCAGAGAGCACUUUUUGCAGCCCUGCCUGUCAAUGGAGCUCAGCACUGCCGGAUGCUCUUGAGCAUACAGGUUGGUUAAUAGGCAUUGAACCUCACAAGACAAAACUUCAGCAGGUUGUGUCCCCCUUUCCAAAAGAGCACAGCUUCUUGGACUGCAGGAAAAGAAGCACCUCACUCAUUCCCAGGCUCUUUAUCUAGAGCUGGGGACAGGUACCAGCAGGCAGAACACGGUAUGGUUGCAGGGAGCUUUUGUGCCACCUUUAGCUGCCAUUACUCAACUACACAAGAAAACAUCCCAGAAAAACCCUGAUCGGGCACGUGGAAGUCUCCUGUAUUCCCUCCCUCAGUGCAUUUUUGCUCCAUGCUCUCCCCUGCAGACGGAUUACCGGGGGCUUCUUCAC